UUUCAGGAUGACACCCACAAUACAAUGUUAUGACGAACAGUCAAUGCAAAUGCCACCUGCUUCGGUUCUGUACAAUAAUAUAUUUAUUCAAGAAGACCGUCAUCAGCUGACAUCCGCCUCCGAUAGAACGAAUUCAAGGCCUGAUGUUCGAACUAACCAUCAAUGGAACCCUUGUCUAAGGAAUCGCAAUUCAACAUUUAGCAGUAAAAGAAAUACCUCCUACGCGUCAGCUUUAAAGCCGGACGAUGUGAAAAGGUUACUGCGGCGGGACAACGGAUCGUCCUCGUCGUCGGAUAUGGUGGCGACGACAGCGGUAACUGAAGAGCAUUUGAACGCUAUACGCAAGAGACAAGCCCUAUUGCUAGUCACCAUACAGACGAUGAAGCUGUUCCGCCACAACCAAAUAUUGGAACACAAACUGUCGGCGUUGUACAGGAGGGUGGUGCAGGUUCAGAACAGACAGAGGCAGAGGAACAUCAGAACCGCCGCCGCCGAGGAAUAGUUGUUYUCAGUUAAUCAUAAUUGUAACUAUAUAAUAUGAUGAGGAGAAAGAGAAGGAGGUGACUGCGGCCGCUUCGGGCUGAUUUUUAGUCCAAAUUUCAGUAAAAGAAACACACACACACACACACACACCACUCGCACUUAAGAUAAAGAAUUAUUGUAUAUAUAGGUUGAUUAUAUUAUA